ACAGGUAAACACCAACCUGUACCGACUGUCACACAGUGUCCCCUGCACUGCGAAGGCAAUCAAUUCGAUCUAGAAUCUUGAUAUCUAGGUCGCGAACGAAGAAGAUUAGAAGUACGUUACCUUUUCGUGAAUGUGAUCUACUGAUAGUUUUAUGUGGAUUUCAUAAUGGACUAAUAAAUUUUCAAAGGGCACAUGCGUGUGUCACACAGGUGUUGAAAGUUGAAAUUAUUGAUGUUACAGUUCCUAUUGUCAAACAAAAUUCAAGUAGGCGUCGAGCCCUAAACUAGUAGUGAAAUAAUAGUGCCUUGCACUUUAAAAAACGUAAACACCUUCAUUAAUAAAAGUUAUUAUAGGCCUACCUAGGCCCAUUGUGUGAUUAUUAACUGUGGUUAAAAUUAAUUACUAAGCAUAUAGUAGGCCUGUAUGAGACUAUUAUAAAUAGCUAAAGUGUCCCAAAAUUCAACUUUAAAAAAAAAGUGUUCUUCCGGGAAUUUACUUUUCAAAUACUGAUCAGCUGAUGAAUACUUAAAGCAAAAUGGUCUUGGCACAUCGGAAAUUGUUAGCGUUAUCUGUGAUAGUUGCGAUGGUUGGUGUUGGGCUGAUUGUGGCGGCGUUCGCCACGGAUCACUGGAUUACAUCCUCGCCUAAAGGCAACGACACAGUUCACUCAAAUGGAACAGAGAAAGGUGGCUCGGCCAGCGGAUACACAGCCAACAUUACUUUUGGGCUUUUCACGGGGUACAAGCUUAUUGACUUUGGUAUAGGACCACGCCCAAGCUCUUUAGCGCUUCGCUGUAACACAUCAGUCAAAGUGUGUGCAUACGCAAGCAAAGAUGACGACGCAGACUACACAUUUGCUGACAUGGUCCAGGACUUCAAAAACCAGAGUGGAGCAAAUGCCAAGUCUAUGGAAUGGUUUGGCCUGUUUAGUUUUCCUUUAUAUGUGGCCACCCUGACUAUGCUUGUCCUGGCCAUAGUCUGGGGACUGGUGGCCAUUGGAUUUGGUGUUUUCAAUGUAUUUGGGCGUCCCAUUGAGACUAUUACUGGACCAGCUGGACUUUAUGUCUGGAACUUUCAAGCAUUGCUGUUUUCAGCCGCCGCUAUAGGUGUGUACCUGGGUUUGUAUUUCACCCAGCUGAAGGUCAACCUGCUGACCGUGCAGGAGCUGGCCACAUUCACAUCCAAAGACCUUACGUACCUGGACAUGUCUUUUUACUUUGUGGUGGGGGCGGCGGGAGCCUUUCUUCUCAAUCUGUUUGUGCUGCUCUGUUCUGGCCAGAAGUGUUCCUGCAGUUAUUCCAGGUCGGGGGAGAAGGAGGUGGACAGCGGAAUGAUUCUCUACUGAUCUAUCGUUGAUGUUACGUUACUUUUUAAGUUUUAUUUAAAAGCCGCAAUGUUGCAUUUGUAAUGUACUAUAAUUUAAGUCAUCAGUGUUUAUUUGUAAAAGCUAGUCGACAUUUUUUAAGAAAUAGUUUCAUUCAUUCAUUCAUUGGUAGAAAAUUUGAAAUUCUAGCUUUGAUAGAAAAAAAGAAUGCACAGUAUAUGAAAUAAAAAAAAUAUUUUUGUUGUGAAAAUGAAAGAUAUUAUAAAGGUCAAAUGUGCAGCGCUGUCACAUGAAUGUCUUAUAGUGACUUGAUUGGGAAAACUUAUGAGUUGAAUGUGGAGUGCUGUGACACAAUUGUGUAGUAUUGUGACUAGAAUGCAGAGUGCUGUGAUUAAAAAACAUGUCAUGUUGUGAAUUGAUUUUGCUGUGGCCUGGAUGUAUAGUGUAGUGAUUUAAAUGUGUAAAGUUGUGACCUGAAUGUGUAUUAUUAAUUUGACCUAAAUAUAUGUGUAAUGCUGUUACUUGAAUAUAAAGUGUUUUGAAUUACACAUGCACCUCACUUGAAAGGUUAUGUUCAGAAAAUGUUUCAAAAGUAAUUCCAGAUAUGAUUUUUAAAAAUUUUACAUUCGAUGUGUUAUUUUACAAAUUUUAACCAGUUCUAAUGAUUGUAUUUAAGAUGCUGUGAUAAUUAAGUGUAAUUCGAUAAUCUCAUGCCUGUUGUAUUUGACCACAUAGAAAAAAUGCCUUCAAGCUAUUGAUUUUUCUUAUGCAUUAGGCUCUGUUUCUAUCUCCCAUGGUUUUGAGUUACGAGAAUGAUGAGAAACCAUAUUUGUUUUUGUUUUGUCUUUUAAGAACUAAAUUUACAUUUUUUAAAACAAAUCCAGAUUAGUGUGUUCUACAAUAGCAUUUGGGACAAAAAGGUCUAGCGGUAGAGAGCUAGACUGCUAACCCCUAAGUCUUGAGUUCGAAUCCAGGUUCAAGUCAGUAGACCGUCCCUGAGUCCACCCAACUCUGAUGGGUACCUAUCUCACGUUAGGGAAAGUAAAGGCGGCUGGGCAUAGUGCUGACCACACUAUCUCUUAAUAUGCCAAGGUCACAGAAACAAGUGAACUCUACUUCACUUGCCCCAUAGACCGUCAGGUUUGAAAGGGAAACUUUACUUUUACAAUAGCAUUUAUAAAAAUUUUCCUCAAGAUUGUUCUGAAACUGGUAAGAAUUGUUUAUUUCACCUGAACCCUAUACAGUUAGAGUUUGACUUGCAUAGUUUGAGGUUUAAAAUUGAGAAGUGCUGGGAAGUGAACUAGAUUAUAUCACCCACCUUCUAUUACAGCAGGUUACGACUUUAAGCACCAAACAUGUAAAAAAAAAUCCUGUUUCUGCUCAGUUUUUACUUAUUUUAAAUAAUCACUAUAGCUGCAGCAAUACAAAAGCACUGACGUGCAGAAAUAAUAGGUUUAGGGAACUAAUUUCUGACAGUGCCUUAGAAAGUGCAGGUUGAGAAAGGAUGGAACAGAAUAUUCUCAUUUAUUUAUACCGGUCGGCUGUCACAUAAGUUACCCCAUCUGAACGGGGUAGAUGAAGUAGAGUUCAUCCGUUUCUGUGACCUCCCCAUAGAGACUGAUAGUGUGGUCAAAUCUAUGCCCAGCUGCUUUUACUUUAACUAAGUCAGGUACCCAUCCGAGCUGGGCGGACAGGAGACAGACCCAUCCCUGGGGUCUGCAUUUGGAAUGUUCAGGCUGGCAAUUGUGUGUCCUAUCACCCAACCACACUGCCCCCACCCUCUGACAUACUUAUUGUAAGCACGGCUGACUGGCAUAUUACCUUGCCAAAUGUAGUGCCCUGUAACAGUUUCAGAUUGUUCAGUCAUCGCUGAGGUUGACUAUAAAAUAUUAGCUGUAAUUCUCGCUUGAGUGCCCUCAUCAAUUCUAAGACCAGUUUAGGAUGGUUAAUAUAAAAUAAUAAAAUACCCAAAUAUUUUUUACCGUAGUGUUUUCAUGACCAACAUUUUUUUUCACCGCCAACAUGUUUCAGCAAAAUGAAUCAUUCCGAUAGCUCAACUUGCUCAUCCUCAUAUAUUUUUAUACUGUUUAAAUUAUUACUGUAAUUAGAAAAUGCGAUGUAAAUACAUUUGAUUGUAGUACUGGUAUUACAAUUUUUGAAAACAAUUUUUUUACAUUGUUACUUAAUCCUUAUGGCUUUGUUUCAACAAUAUUAUCUUUAACAAAAUGAACUAAUCACGAUUUUAAAAAUGUAUCUAUUUGUUUGUGUCUUAUUUUUUUUUACUCAAUAGUUAACCUGUAGCACUUAAAUAAUGUUUCAAUUUUAUCGUUAAACCACCCGAUCUUAGAUAGUAAUUUGUUUGAAGUGGAUUUUUUAAAUACUAAUUUGUGCUUAGUUGCCCAAGUCUCACUAUAGAAUAGGAAAUAUCAAACUUUUUUUUUAUUCGAUGUCCUUGAAAUUUUGUAUGCAACAUUUUUGCUUUCACUCAAAGAUGCAAAAUGAAACCGUAUAUUUUUUUGCUAAGUUUGUAUGUGUUAUAUAUAUAUAAAAGAAAUAUCAUGUUUUUUAGAACAAAAACAAAGGUAAAAAUAUAGAACUAAAAUUAACAAUGUCAUUUAGGUGAUUUAAUUUUAUGACAUUAGUCAUGUUAAAAAAGCUAUGAAAAAGAGACCCAUAAUCUAAAAAGUUCUGUUUUAAAUUUCUCUAUUCAAUUAACUUCUAAAACCAAUAUACAAAAGCUUAUAUUUGUAAAGUAAAUAUUGUUUAAAUACUACUCUGAACUAGGUAAAGCCUCUUGAUCAGAUGUGGUGAUCUUCAUAAUGUAUCGGUCUAUGUUUACAAUUACGAAUGAUUUUUUUUUUUAUUUGACAUUCCAAACUGAAAGAAAUCAAUUACAUAUUGUGAAUUGAACUGUGUCUUGAUUUUUAAAAAUAAAAUUUGAAAAACCUUUUUAA